AUUUGGUGGAGGUGUUGUUGGUGGUCGAUUUUCCCUUGGUUUUUUCGCAAUUACUUGGGGAAAUUGCAAAGAUCGUCCUUCCGACACCUCUAGAAAGCAACCAGAAAGGGUUUGUGGUGCUGUGGUUGGGUUUCGUGCGUGUCGCUGUUGUUUGGUCUGGUCGAUGAUGCGAUCGGUGGGUGCCAACAACGACCCAAAUAAUAUUGCUUCAGACCUGCUUAAGGAGAGCUCCAUGUCGGGAAAACGGCCGACGGAUUGCCACUAAGUGCGGUGAAGCUUUUCCGAAACCAUCGUCGACACCCACCCACCCACGGCUUCUUGUCUGCGCUGUCUCGUCGUCCUUAUCUGCCCUGCCACAAAGAAAGGAGAAUAACUGCAUCCGGACUUCUUCGAUCGUCAUUCAUAUGAUUUCGGAGUUUUUCGGCUAGCUUUGCUAUCGUAAAUCAUCCCGCGAAACACGAAGAAGACAAGAUCAAAUUUAAAAUAGCCUAAGGCAUCCAGGGCAAUGAGUGGCGACUGUAAAAUGGUUGGUGAAGAAAGUUUGGCUAUGCUGAAGGGCAAACCGUGGCACACGUUCAUCGAACUGUCGGGUAAUAGAUCGAUCUUUGACACAGAAGAGGAUGAUAGUGGUGAGGCUAUAUCGGUUGGAGGAGAACAUGGACAGCGAUCGGCACAAGGCAGUGCGAUAACGGGGCAGCAAUCGCAUCACCCGCAGAAGCAAUCAUCGUUCCCCGGCAGUACCAUAUUAGCAGGGUCUGGUACGGAUUGGGGUAGCAUUCAGAGCCGGCCACGUGGAAGCGUGAUGCGGUUGGAUCGAGCCGAUAUGGGAUUGUACGGAAUCUGCCCCGAAACGGACCCAUUCUACGCGGUGAUCUGUGAUAUUUGCGAAAGCGUGGUCAAACCUCAGGGAUUGCAGAAGCACAUGAGUAAUCGCCACCAUUCCCACUACCAUCAUGCCGCCAAAUUGAAUGCCAACGGUAACACGAGCUCUUCCACGACCGCCUCCGGAGCGCUUAGCUCUGGCUCUACUCCUACACUAGGGAGUGCCGGCAACGGGAACGCCACCGCGACUAGUGCCGGUAGCGGUAAUCGCAGCAUAGUUAAUGACCAGCAACUACUAUCGGGAACUUCUUAUGUUUCCUCGGGAGAUAAGACUGAUUACCGUAGCAGCAGUGCAGCGGAAAGCGUAUCGCGUACAGAUGCUAGCAAAUUAUCGUCCUCUUCAUCGUCAUCGUCGGCGUCUAGUUCUUUUUCUGGACCAACAGCGGGCAUAUCAUCAUCUGGGCGUUCUGGAGAGAGCGAUGCGAGUGGCACAAACCUCGAUUCUGGAUUGCUUGCAGUGCCACAACCUGCCAAAGUCAGAAGUUCCGGAAGUGGCAAGACGAAAAGCAAAAAUGCGAAAUCAACACACUCGUCCAAAUCGUCGUCUGGCUCUGCAAGCUACGCUCCUUCUGCAACGCUUUCAUCAUCCUUUGCGAAAGCCUCUAUUGCUGCCCCAUCUUCCGACGGUGGAAAUACGAUCAACAUCCCAUUGGCAGACUUCGGUGGCGCUAUCGGUGGUGGUGGUGUACCGGUGGUUCUCAUGAGUAAUUGCUCCGUUGUACCGGAUAAGAAGGCAACCUUUCCUAUCGCAAGUGAUGGAAGCUCUGGAGUUACUACAAAGUCACUAUCUACGAAACGGGCUUCCAAACAAACCUCUUCCUCUUCCUCCAGCUCAUCUCCAUCGUCCUCCUCGUCCUCAUCCUCUUCAUAUUCAUCCUCCAACAGUAGCAACAGCACCAGCAGCAGUAGCAGUCACUCGAGUAGCAGUAGCUCUAGCAACAGCUUUAGUAGCGGCAACGCUGCUGGUCAGCAUAAGUUCUCGAGCGAGAAAAAGAGUGAACGGUCGCGGGAUUUUGAUCCGGAUAGACACUGUGGAGUUGCUACACCGGAUGGCAAACGGCAUUGUACGAAACCGCUGACUUCCUGCAAGGCACAUUCACUUUCCCAGCGACGAGCAGUGUCGGGCCGUAGUAAACAUCUGGACAAGCUGAUUGCCGAACUUCGUACUCCCGGUGUAUCGAAGGAACAGGAGAACAUAUCCGGUACAUCCGGAGUUUUUCUUGAGGCGAUCGAAUCGAGCAGUAAUUCCUCCACAAGUUUCGAUGCUACCGAUCGCCGAACAGUGGCCACUGGAUCGAGUAACGGUGGAACCGGUGUUGGUAGUGGAGAAACAAUCGUGCGGUCUAAAACGCCUUCAACGGUUUCAGUAACGGAUUCGUCAGCACAUGCGGGUCGCACUUCGACCGAAAGCAUGGCGAAGCUGCUUCAUGCGCCCGGUCACAGAAGUGCUAGUCCUGCUUCACAUAAAACUGGUACCAGUGGCGAAGGCAAAAGUGAGCGAUCGAAACACAAACAAUCUUCGCGAUCUUCUCACGGUGGAACCGAUCGCGGUGGAUCGACCGCUGGUACCACCGGCCAAAGUCACAGUACGAAUAAAUCCAGCUCGCAUCAUCGUUCCGGAAGUUCCUCAUCGAAGCAUGGUGGACAAACACGUGACUCGUCUUCAAGUAACGUAACCACUGUAACCACGGCAGCAACGAUUGUUUCCCAGCCGGCACCACCACCAAUAGUUGUGACGUCGCAGGCAUCGCAGCAAGCUAUGCAGCAUCAACAGUUGCUGCAGCAGCCGACUGCAUUGCCCCAUCAACAGUCAUUGCUGUUGGCGAAUGCGCCUACCGAUAUGCUUACCCAACAUUAUGCUCUUGGUGAAUCUGCCAAUACUGUUUUGACUGACCAUACGGCGACGAUCAUGAUGGAUCCGGGAUCGAACCUACUGAAACUUGCCGUUUCACCUGGAUCGUUACAAUCGACCGUCGAGACGGGAGAUGGGACACACCAGCAGUACUCUACCUCUACUGCUGCGAACGUCAACAUGAUGCAAGAUCAGCUAACAGUCACUCUGCCCUUAUCUGUGAUAAAUUCAAUGAACCUUUCCGGUACGAAUUUGGUCAACAUGGCUCACGGCUGCGGAGACGGUUCGCUAGCUCCUAAUGCGUCAUCAGGAGUACUUCCGAACACGGGCCCUACCGGGACAACGUUGUUGACCACCGCAGUUGAUACUGUCGAAACGCAGCACACUGCCGAGGCCUUUAUACCGGCGGAGUUGAUUGAGCAGCUUCCUCUGGUAGCGGCUAAUGGGACGGAUCCGAACACUGCGUACCGGUUGGCAGCAACUGGUAACGCCGGAACGGGUAUGGGUGGCGCAACUAUUACGACCGGAGGAGUAACCGUAGACGAUGGUGGUCUAGCUGAUCUGGCCACACUACCGAACUUCAACGAGCAGAUCAACUACACACUUCAAACAGUUCUAGCCCAAAACCUGCAGAGCGCUGAAGCGACAGCCGAACUCGUCGACAGCAUCGACGAUAUCGUGCCGACGAUAAGCCUGUUACCAAGCGCUGCAAAUCCCUUGGUCAUACCGCAACUGCAAGGCGAACUAGGGGAUUCCAUCAUUUUGACCCCAACACAAUUGACCACCCUAUCGCAGUCGCUGGUCGAUCAGCAUUUCAUCGACAAUAUGACACUGAAAUCGGCCGAAAUGGAGAUCGGACUAACGGUGAAUGGACCGGUCGACAUACCGUCCAAGCUGAUGCUGCUACGUAAGGUUGACGAGGAGUUUAUACGUGAGCGCCAACAACAGCAACAAUCAGCCCUUCCGUACCAAGCAAGAGCCGGGCAGAUGCUGGACGAUAUGCGGGGCAUUAGAAUGUGGUACAGUGCAUUACCGAAACCGUUACACGUGAACACCUUUCAGCUUCGUCGUUUGGCUGGGGGUUUUGUGAUGAAUCGGAAACUGCUCGCCCUUCGUAAGAAUCUUUUAACCGAGGCCAGCUUACUGGGGGCUGGUGUUACCGGCAGUGGUUCGGCGGGUGGCAACCAGCAACAGAACAACUCUCCUAGCACAGCAGCCGCUGGUCGUAGCGCAUCGGGAAGUGGUGACAUCUUGCUGUCGUCGUUAUCGUCUAUUGGAAAGAGCAAAUUGGGUGGAAUAGGAGAAGGAACGGGAAGUGUGGUCGGAGCUGGAGGAGGUACGAAUGGGACUGUAGCUGGCAUUAAUGUGGUAAGUCCGAUGAUGGGAAGUCCGACCGGUUCCGGUGGCGGGAUCGGUAUACGCAGUGGCAAUACCGCACCGGUGAACCGUGGGCAGCGCCGCAUGCUGAUAGCACAGCCUCGUACAAAUCCGUUUGCUGGCGAACGUUCAGAGAAACCAUCCUGCUUGCUGAGUAACACAUAUUUCCGCAAUUUGAUCACUUCUAUGCAGCAACAGCAGCAACCUUCAGCUUCCAAUGCCAAAGAAGGAAUGACUCUCGUUGACAACAACUCAAUCGAUCGGUUGCAUAGUCUGAAAAGGAGUGCAUCCACCCUGACAACGCUGUCGAACAAGCGGCUAAAGAUUAUCAACAAUCUUCACAACUCCACCGCUCCACCACAGAUGCUCUUGCAGGGCUCGAGUUGCAAGAUGAAACCGAAAGUCUUAUAAUUGCUGAUUAACGUCUUCGACGUUCCCUUGCAGCUGUCUAUCGACUGAUCUAAUGGAUCCACAUCCAAUUUAAUGGGACCGAUACUUUCCAUUGUAAAGUAGCCGUUCUUCUUUGGCAGUUUUUCGCGAGGAUAUUACCUCAAAUGUGACCGGGGAACCUUGGAAGGCAAAUUCCUAAGGACUCGUCGCAUUCUUCAUUCUUUGCCAACUCCUGACAUGCAGUUUAAAAAUACAAGCCGCGUACGCUUAUGUUUAUUAGUUUAAAAUUCAUGAACCAUUUCUUCAUACCGACAGAAUCGGACGAAACAUCGAAUACUUUAAGCGAAAGUGGCGAGAGAUUAUAUACAGAAAAUAGUCACGCUCUCCUUGAUGUUGCGAUUUAGGCUAAAGGACUUAGUAACGAAAGGAUAAGCGUGUAAGGUUGGAAUUCUCAGAGUAUGUUUAGUUUAAAUUGCUUUAACUUCGUUGGGAUGCUGGGGAGAACUAGUGAGUACCGUUUUCCAACUGUGAGGCCCUCCGUUCUGUGUAGGUAAAACAAUGGUCGAGAUGGUCAAGUGGGGAAGAGAAAGAAGUGUGAUAGUUAGUUUAUUAAGUUGAUGUACGUACGCUAGACAACUAAAGCUAAGAUGUAUUACGGUGUGUAAAAUGAACAAAAGGACGUUAAAAACGAAAAAUACCUGUUUUUAAAAGGUAACAUAAGAA